AUGGUCGGGACUCGGAGCAGCUUCACGGAGAGGGGCCAUGCGUUGGAGGGAAUGGUUGGCGCCCUUGUCACCUCGCCUUGCUUUCUGGCAGUGAUAUAUCUGCAACCAGAUGAGUUUUAUCCUAAGAAGAGCCUCGACAAGAUCUGCACCAACGUAUGCGGCUCUGCUCUUGCCUCGUGGAAGAGCACCAUCGCCAGCAGCUGCGCGGAUGAUCAUUUCCCCGGCUUCAAUAAGGAGGAUGGGGAGAUGCCCCUUGGGGCCAUACCUGACGCUAUCAAAUUCACGUACGACCUGACUUGUCUGAAAGAAGGAUCGCGCUACUGCAACAACGCCGCUGCUUCCUUGGCCGCCAACGGCGACCCCGAUGCUGCGCAUUUGCCAGGCGGUUUGCCUGGGAGUGGCGAUUGGGGUGGGCAAAACGUGACUAGCAACUGUGAUCAGUGCAUCGUGUCACUUCUUCGCUUCCGUGCCUCUUCGCCGUAUUAUGGCGGGCCCGUGUUACGAUCGUCGUCCGUGUAUGAAUCCAGAACAUCAAGUUGCAAGAUAGCAGGGCCCACGCCAAGCGCCUCGCCGACGUCCUCCUGCGCUGGCACGACGUAUACGAUCAAGCCGGGAGAUACUUGCGACUCGGUCUCGCUAGAUCAGGGUAUUGGCACAGAGUGGCUCAUCAACGACAAUGACUUAUUUUCGUUCUGUCGUGACUUUCCGAAGAGCGGUAAGCUUUGCCUAGAGAACAAGUGUACCGUGCAUACAGUUGGCGAAGAAGAGACAUGCAAAUCCAUUGCGAAAGAGUAUAAAAUCACAGAAGCUCAGCUUUACGCCUGGAACCCGUCUAUCAACGCCGGUUGUUUCAACUUGAAAGCUAUGGUUGACACCCAGAUCUGUGUUUCAAAGCCAGGAAAGGCCUACGUCUCACCGAUCCAGACAGACGUGCCGUCGUCAUCGCCAACCGGGGCCGUUGAAGUGCCGGACGAUAUCGCACAGAAAACAACGAAACACUGUGGUCGAUAUCACAAGGCCAUUGUUGGAGACUUCUGCAACCAGCUCAUUAUGAAAUAUUCCAUCUCUCUCGAUGACUUCCGGUUCCUCAACCCAGCCAUCAACGAGAAUUGCACCAACCUUUUCGCGGAGGAGUCGUAUUGCGUAAAGGCCGCGGGUGACAUAAAUACCUACUCUGGUAGGCCGGGAUACGUAUCCUACUCUCUGACAAACCUCAUGGCCAGCUCGGUUAAGGAUGCGGCAACCGAGCUGCCAAGCGUCAAAUGGUCAUCUCCUGCUACCGAAGCGACGGACCUUCCACUUGCGACCGGGACGCGUGAUGACUGUGCCAGCUACAUUGACGGGGAUGAAUUCCAAAGAGAUUUGAGUGGCAUGCUCGUAAACUCCAAUUGCCAGCUGGUCGCGAAUGUCUGGGACGUGAGCCUGGAGGAUUUGGAAGAUGGCAUGUCUGAAAACUGUACGGUUACGGUUGACGUGGAUACGGAUGGCGACCCUACUUGCCAGCAGAUUCUUGAUAGUUGGGAGCUCAGCAUUGCUCAAUUCUACAAGUGGAACCCCAGCGUUAAAUCAGACUGCGGAGCCGGCGAUUCAUGUGGGGAUAUCGAAAAGGAAUACUCCAUCUCACACAAAGAGUUCCUCGAGUGGAAUCCGACCGUGUCCGAAGACUGCUCCAAAGGCUUCUGGGGCGGAUACGCCUACUGCGUGGCAGUGGAAUCAGGGACAAAACGCACCGUCCCGUCGACAUCUACCACGUCGCCACCGGCGACAACUACGCCUCCCAAAGCGCCGGAACCGCACCAAGCCGGCAACGCCAUCUCGACGUGCAAUAAGUAUGCUCAGGCUAAGCCCGGUGAUUGGUGCUCAAAGUUUGCAGACGACAAUAAAAUUUCUACUUCGAACCUCUACGCUUGGAACAUGGCUCUUGGGAAGGACGGAAGCAAUUGUGGAACCAGGUUCUGGGCAAGCUACUGGUACUGCGUUGGGGUCUCUAAGUAA